CACUGGUUUUUUGUGGACGCAGAUGUUUCUUGUGUACGGAAUUUGUUAUUAUUUUUUUUGAACGAGGGGGAAAAAAAAGAUCGUUUUGGGGUAAGCUCUGGCUUCGUGUGGACGUAGCCUGAGACCGGAGGGGUGGGAAAGUUGAGGGUGUGAGGAGUCAGGAACUCGGAACUUGAGCCAGCUGUAGAUCCGCUCCUCAGAUUAGUGAAUUGUGUUGUUUUAUUACAGAAUAGGAGUCUUGAAUUCAGUUUGGUCAAAUCCAUCCUAACAUUUGAUUUUAAUACUCAUCCAAAAACACUGAUGAUUUGUGUGUGUGUCUGAUUGAAUUCUUAUAAAGUUUAUAAUGCUCACAAAAUGAAUUAUAGAGCUCAUAACACUUUGCACAUUUUUGAUUAAAGAUCGGUCUUAUUCAUCUGAACACAUCAUAAGGUAACAUUAUAGGUGAGAGGUUAGGCAGGAUUUAAGUGUAAUAAAGGUCACAGAUCUCUGUGUUAUAGUUCAGGCAUGCUGAUUAUUGUCAAGUAUAGACAAUUUCACAAUAUUCAGUGCAUAUAAUCCAAAAAGCAUAAUAUAGCAAAUAUUGGUGCAAAGAUUUUGUUGAACCUAAACUUUGUGGCAAAAGUUAUAUAUUAUUUGGCCUGUUAUAUUAUAUUGUAUAUUAUACAUUUCUGGCCUGUUUUAACAUGCUAAAGAAAACUGCCGAUUCAUCACAGCAUGACACAUACCUGCUAAUCACACCAAUUCUUUCUUCUCAUGAAUUUAGAAAAAAAAAAAAGCCUCCCAUACACAGCUGCUAUAAAUGUGCGAGUGCAUCAGUUGAGGAGAGUGCUUCAUAGAGAAAAUGUCUGUUGUCGAGUCACUGCUGCAGUUUUCCAGCACAGGUACAUUCCUGGGAGCUCUACUGUUGCUUCUUGGUUUGUAUUUGCUUUCCUCUGGAUCCAAAUCUCAGAAAGAAGGGAAAGAGCCACCAGGACCCAAACCACUGCCGCUGUUGGGGAACCUGCUGACCCUUGACCUCACGAGACCUUUUGACAGCUUUUGUGAGCUCUCCAAAACCUACGGAAACAUAUUCCAAGUCUUUUUGGGUCCCCAAAAAACUGUGGUCUUAGUUGGAUACAAAACCAUCAAAGAAGCUCUAGUGAAUCAUGCAGAAGAGUUUGGCGACAGAGAUAUUGCACCUAGUUUCCGUAUAAUGAAUGACAAACAUGGGAUCAUCUUUUCCAAUGGAGAGAACUGGAAAGAAAUGCGACGCUUCGCUCUCAGCAACCUUCGCGACCUUGGGAUGGGCAAGAGAGGAAGUGAAGAGAAAAUCAUAGAGGAAAUUCAGUACCUGAAAGGAGAGUUAGAUAAGUUUGAAGAGAAACCCUUUGACACGACACGGCCUGUGAACUAUGCUGUGUCAAACAUCAUCUCAUCUAUCGUGUACGGCAGCAGAUUUGAAUAUACAGACCCUCGAUUCACUGAAAUGGUCAACAGAGCAAAUGAGAAUGUUCACUUUGCUGGAUCAACUUCUAUGAUGAUUUAUAAUAUAUUUCCAUGGUUGGGUCCUAUCCUAAAAAAUAAAAGGAUUAUUGAAAACAAUAUUGUGCAAAGUAGAAAACAUAUGACUAAGUUGUUCAAUGGACUUCUGGAGACUCUGAAUCCACAUGACCGCAGAGGAUUUGUUGAAUCCUUUCUCUCUCGCAAACAGAGUGACGAGCAAUCAGGCAAGAAGGAUUCAUACUUUCACAAGGACAAUCUUAUGAUGUCUGUGACAGAUCUGUUUGUCGCUGGUACUGACACCACAGGAAUGACUCUGCGCUGGGGUUUAAUGUUUAUGGCCAAAUACCCUCAUAUACAGGAUCGAGUUCAGGAGGAGAUUGACAGAGUGAUCGGUGGACGUCAGCCAGUGGUGGAAGACAGAAAGAAAUUGCCAUAUACAGAUGCUGUGAUUCAUGAAACCCAGAGACUGGCAAACAUAGUACCCUUGAAUCUCCCUCAUAUGACCAGCUGUGAUGUUACCUUCAAUGGAUACUUCAUCAAGAAGGGCACCACUGUAAUUCCUCUGCUGACGUCUGUUUUGAAGGAUCCAAGCGAAUGGGAAAAACCAAACAGCUUUUACCCAGAACACUUCCUUGAUGAGAAGGGCCAGUUUGUGAAGAGAGAUGCUUUCAUGCCCUUUUCUGCAGGCCGCAGGAUGUGUCUUGGAGAGAGUUUGGCCAGGAUGGAGCUCUUCCUGUUCUUCACUUCCCUGCUUCAGAGCUACCGCUUCACAACUGCACCUGGAGUGUCUGGAGAUGAGCUGGAUCUCAAAGGAGUAGUCGGAAUAACGUUGAAUCCGUCUCCACACAAGCUGUGUGCAAUCAGACGCUCCUGAAUGAAGAAAAUAUGAGAAAACAGAAACAAAACAUCUCACCUCUGUUUAGAAUGAUUUGGGUGUUUUUGGACUGGUGGUAACUAGAGUUGGGAAUUGGUAGAAAUUUUCUGGUUCCUGUUCUGCCUAAUGGUUCCGAUUCCAUUAAAAUAAUUAAACAACUAUUAUAAAAGUGUUAAGGAAAAAUGCACAAUACUCAAUGCUCAAUACUGUUUAUUAGCUACUCACUGUCAACUUAAAAUUUAAAUUCAACAUAUAUUUUAGUAUAUGUAUCUUCAUAAGUAGGGUUGGGUAAUGUUAUAAACUUUCCAGUU